AAGCAAAGAUCGUAAGACUAGGUUUAAACCGAAUAAGCUUGUACUUAAAGGCUAUGUAUAUCACUUAAUAAAAAAAAAAAAAAUUCGCAAUAGUGAUGGAUUUAAAGGUUGAAGAAUAGAACAAUUGAGAAGUGUGAUAGAAUUGAGUAGUGAUAGAAGUGUGUGUAAUCGUUCGUGCAGAGAUUAAUUUCGUUAUUAAUUAAUAGUUAUAUUAAUAUUAUUAUCACUUUCUAGUUUAGUUUAAUUCUUAUCCAGUGAAAUAAGGUUGAUUUUCUUAUAAAUAAAAAGAUAAACGUUUAAAGAUAACCUAAAAUGGCUACUAAAACGUGGAAAAGACCUAGAAAAGACGACAGUGAGGAUGAACUUUUGCGCCAACAACAAGAAUUUUUAAAGGCGAAACAGCAACCAUCUGCGAGAAUAAAUCGUAUAGAAAAUGGAGCGCGUGUAUCUUACAAUGCAAUGCAAGAUAGAGGCAAAAGGAAAUCACGUUUUAAUUUAAAGAAGCUUGAUUCAAAACAAGAAAUAGUUUCUACUUCACAUAGCACUGGAGAGAUAAUAAAUCCUAUUGUCAAAGAAAAAAUUCAAGAAUGGAAACUGGAAGAUAAAGUACAAAGCAUACCUGUUGCAUCGUCGAAUAUAAUACUUGGUAACAUUGUAGAAAAGAAAUACCAGAUUGAAAGGUACAAGUUUGAUAACAGUCAUGUUCCUGUUGCAAGUGAAAUGGGAUUUCCUAAAGUUUUUGGAUCUGACAAUAUGAAGACUAACAAAAAGCAAAGUUUAUUCUCGCAAAAAGUUUCAAUGAUAAAACCUCUGAAAUAUAAUUCAAUGAAAAUUCAAGAUGAAUACAGUAAUAACAAAGAACAGACUAACAUUGUAAUUACAGAUCAAUUGGCUAUUGAAAUUCAUAAAGAAAAUUUGGAGAAACUAGCUCAAAUGAGUAAAGAAGAGAUAUUGAAAGAGAAAAAGAAUCUUGAGGAUAUUCUUGAUCCUAAUAUAAUACAAUUCUUGAAAAAUAAGAAUAAAAAGCCUAUAGAAAAUAUUAAUCAGGAUAGUACAAGAAAAUAUGAUAUUUUGCCAACAAAUGAGGCAGGAAUGAAUAUAAAUGUAUCUAAAUGUAUAAAUGACAGGAAUAUAAAAUCUUCUUUAAAUGAUAAUGAUGACACAAAAAUGGAUUGUGAACCAGUAUCAGUAGAUAUACCAAAGUCAUCCAAAGACAUAUUAGAGGAAGGCAAGCAAAAAGGAUGGCUUCAUAUGAAUACUCCAGAACCAGAAAAGUUAAAAUGGAUGGUUGAUGUGCCUGUGGAGAAGAAUGAUAAGACAACUUCAAACGAAUGGUACAAUGCACGAUUUGAUUUCAAUGGUCUCUUGUUGCCAUACAAAGACGAAAGUUUGACUAUCGACAAAGGCCUCCACCAUCACGGAGAAGAGCCUGAACGACCUGGAUAUUCCCUGCAAGAGUUACUACAACUUAGCAGAUCUUCCACACAACAGCAACGAUGUACAGCUCUCAUCACACUGGCCAAUAUUAUGGAAAAGACCCGUAAAGGCUGGUACGACAAGGUCCUGCAUCCAGCACCACUGAGCACGCUGAGUCAGAAAAAUAUCCUGCUGUUACUGAGAUUCUCUCUAGACGACACGUCCGUGGCUGUGGUGACGGCAGCGUUACAAGCACUUCGAGCUUUUAUGUGCAGCGAAGCAGACGAAAUAUGCCUGGAUAGACUGUACGGAUUCGACGACCUCUUGGAACCAACUCUGACGCCGCAACUCGAGAACAAUGAUAUGAAUAACCUAAAAGAUCACGAGUUGGCGCAAUUGGAUGCCGUAGCUGCUUUACUGAGAUCGGACUUUCUUUUGAGAAUUAGGUACAUAUUGAGUGAAAUGCACCCGCCGCCUGUUGGAGUAACAAGUGCCUUAGAGAUACUUAUUCGCGUUGUAAGACACUCGCAGAUAACGGCAUUAAAUGUCUCGUCCACGUCACAUUUGUUGGAUAUUAUUAUCCAUAAUUUUAUGCCACUGUCUACGGACCGAUUAGCGAUGCAGGACACGAUAAAUGAUUCUUAUGGAAUCCCUGUGGUUAAAGCUAUUAAAUUAUGUCGCGUCCUCGUUACGUAUGGCAAGAAGCCCAUCGCGCAAAAGUUGGAUAACUUCAAAGUUAUUCACAUCAUCUUGACAUACGUUAGUAGCGAAACAGGGAAGAAGGAUGACAUUAAUCUUAGCAUCGAGAGUCUGCGACUUUGGCGUUUAUUAUUACAUUAUGAAGUAGGAUUAGACAGUGUCACAGGUGCUCAGUUAAUCCUUCUGUCACAAUUACAAUUGUUGUUGAGUAAUCACGAUAUUCAAAACACGUCCGAAUUAGCCUGCGAACACGCAGCUGCAUUGAUCGCCGUAGCAAGUUAUGAGAAGACACUGAAACCGAAUAUUUCUGUCCUGCUAGCGAAAUGGAAUACUCAACUAUCAACGUUAUCUAAUAUGACAUGGGGCGUUAUGAAAUUAAUUACGGAAACUUUAUCGGCAGUCGAUGAUAUAUCCGCACUCAAAACUUUGUGGAUGCGUAACCAACAUCUUUUCUCGACGUUCCGAACUAAUUCGAAUUUGUUGAGCAACUACAAACCAGCUGCUGAUCGAGAGCCUUCCUGCCUACCGAAUCUAGGUGUUCUUACGGAGAAUGGACAGCUGCUGCCGAUCGUGUCUCGAAAUUCUUGCAUGCCAUUAAUGGCGACGAUGCUAAAUAAGCUUAACAAUAACUUGCUUUACAAUAACGGGAAUCACGACAUUGGAUCGAUAUUGGAGAACUCGUGCCUCCGUGAAUACAUAAGUGAUUUAGAAAAGGCUGAGUGGAAUUUUGAAAGAUCAUGGUAUAGUAGAACAGAAUUGUACCUGUUAACGGCGGUGGCAAAAGCGGCUGUCCUUUCUAAGGAAAUGUUGAACAUCGAGAUAACAAACAACUUGUGGAAGAUCAGAUUCAGACUUGUGUCGGCUCUACCUGCGGACGCUACUCAUCACGUAAAGGAGCUCCUUCGAUUCGCGCUAGGCGAGAAGACAGAAAUGGCGGUAUACAUGAACGAGAUGGAUAAGCGGUUGUUAUAUUGUCUGAAUCUAUCUGAUUAUUCGAAUCAUUGGAUUAAUGUCAGUCUGUCCAGAGACAUAGUUUCGUUGUACGAGAGUUACGUUAGCCCGAACGGAGAUUGGAGUCAAGCAGCAAUGCCUAAAGACUGGCUCUUCUUGCCACUGGUUCAUAUAUAUACAAAGUGCAAAAACAAUGUCAGGCUACAACCGGAUGAUAAUAACCGCAUUGUGACAGUGCUGAGUCUAGUGUACUUAUCCGUUCUUGUGGAGAAGCUGUCGCCUAGUUUAGUAUUCAGUAGACUAGUAUUAGUAUACCUUUGUGACACGGUGUACCUGGACAAGGAUGUCUUCCCGUUGCUCACCAGUGUGAUGACCGACCUAUUGAAGAGACAACACAUGAGAUUAGACUUCAAGACGGAAUUGCCGGGACUGAGCUCGUUCGUAGAUCUGUUCACAGCAAUGUGCGAGCAUUUCUGCUCGACCUCGUACGGCGAUGAUGGCUUCGCCAUGACUCUAUUGGUACCCGUGGCGCAACGGCACGAUACACAUUACAGAAAACUGCUGUGGUCGGAACACGCAGGCGUGCUUCGAUAUCUGCGACUACCGCUAGAAAAGUUGACGGUGCCGUUGAAGGAGUAUCUGUAUCCGGAAGAGGAGGACACGUCCUUGAUCGAGAGUUACAUCACUGCGCUAAUUCGAGGUGUGGUCAAGCAAGCGUGGUGUCCCAUUCCAUACAUGAUCGCCCUGCAUCAUUCAGCGAUGUACCUUAAACACUCGAAUAAGUUGGCGGUACGGAUGCGAAUGCAAGUGGAGAAAUUGCGCGACAAGGACAUCGUCAACAAGUUACUGCAGUAUGAGCCACCACGAUUAUAGGUACCACACGCUAAAAUUCAGCACAAUGGGCUUUGUAUGUAUUAUACAAAUAACAUCUCCUUUCAUCGAUUUUUUAAUUUAUUUUUAAACUGUGUGUUUUAAAUUCCCGCGUAUGUUAAUGGUCAAUGAAAAGCUAUUCUUUCUUAUUAAUAAGGAUUUUGCUCUCUCAAUUUUUGCACUUUUUUUAAAUUUUAUAUUUUUUUGUUAAAAAAAAAUAUUGUGCAACUAUGAGAAUAAACACAUUUUAUUAUCGUUAUCAAAAGUGCAAAAAUUAAGAGAGCAAAAUCCUCAUUAAUAAGAAAGAAUAGCUUUUCAUCAACCAUUAACAUACGCGGGAAUUUAAAAUACGCAGUUUAAAAAUAAAUUUAAAAAUCGAUGAAAGGAGAUGUUAUUUGUAUAACACAUACAAAGUCCAUUGUGCUGAAUUUUAACGUAUUCAUUAAUUUUUACUGCACAACCAUUGAUUGUGAUUCUCUUGUGGAGAAUCUCGCGGUUUCAUCGUUACAACUUUAAUUUGUUAUAGUCCCCGUUGAAAUUCACGACGUAGGUUAGUGCGACUUAUAUUUCUUUACGGAAUUUAUUUCAAUAAAAAUUAAAAAGUACAUAUAUAUAUUUUUUUUUAGUGCUACCGUCGGAUGCGUGUAAGUAUAUAUCGUGUGCGAACAGCACUUGUACUUACACGUAUGCGAUGGUGGCUACGUUAAUAUUUAUUGAACAAGUAGAGAGAGUAGAAACAACCUGCCUUGAUUACAGUAAGCGUAGAGGCACUGAUUGGUCACUUCGCUGAUUGCCAAAGUUUCCGAGUACUUAUUAAGGUGCGUCGAGUUGCUAUCGUAGCGUAAAACAUUUGAAAAUGCUUCUGCAAUGAAUUUCCCGAGUUUACUCCCCCUUACACGAUGAGCAUAAGAAAGGUACAUCGUCUCAGAUCUCUCAGACCUUUCGUUAACAGGAAUGAAAGAAAUUUCCCUAUGAGAAACGACGAAGCAAGAGUCCUCGAUUUUCUCAGAAGUGCGAACGUAUAGAAAAAGAAGAGGCGGAAAAAUUAUUGUAAAUUAGAGAAAUAUACACCGAAAUGAACGCGCGCAGCGUUAACCCCUAACUACUACUAAAGUGGGUUUUCGUUUCCCCUUCGUAUAAUGUGUGUGUGCGCUUACAUGUGUGUGUGAUGUUUUCACAGUAAACACUAACAGUAACAUAAGAUCAAUAUUAUAAUUUCUCACUCAGCAAUGUAAAUGUAAUAUAACAUAUGUUGCACAUAACAAUUAUACGAGAAACGAUAACAUUGA